AUGGCAGGGGCUCUGCUUGGGGUCCUGCUCCUCUUGGGGCUUCUCGGCAGGGGUGUGGGGAAGAACGAGGAACUGCGUCUUUAUCACCAUCUCUUCGACAACUAUGAUCCAGGAAGCCGGCCAGUGCGGGAGCCUGAGGAUACUGUCACCGUCAGCCUCAAGGUCACCCUGACGAAUCUCAUCUCACUGAAUGAAAAAGAAGAGACUCUCACCACUAGCGUCUGGAUUGGAAUCGACUGGCGGGAUUACCGACUCAACUACAGCAAGGACGACUUUGGGGGUAUAGAAACCCUGAGAGUCCCUUCAGAACUCGUGUGGCUGCCAGAGAUUGUGCUGGAAAACAAUAUUGAUGGCCAGUUCGGAGUGGCCUACGACGCCAACGUGCUGGUCUACGAGGGCGGCUCCGUGACGUGGUUGCCUCCGGCCAUCUACCGCAGCGUCUGUGCAGUGGAGGUCACCUACUUCCCCUUCGAUUGGCAGAACUGUUCGCUUAUUUUCCGCUCUCAGACGUACAAUGCCGAAGAGGUGGAGUUCACUUUUGCCGUAGACGACUACGGCAAGACCAUUAACAAGAUCGACAUCGACACAGAAGCCUAUACUGAGAACGGCGAGUGGGCCAUCGACUUCUGCCCGGGGGUGAUCCGCCGCCACCACGGUGGCGCCACCGACGGCCCAGGGGAGACUGACGUCAUCUACUCGCUCAUAAUCCGCCGGAAGCCGCUCUUCUACGUCAUUAACAUCAUCGUGCCCUGUGUGCUCAUCUCGGGCCUGGUGCUGCUCGCCUACUUCCUGCCAGCGCAGGCCGGCGGCCAGAAAUGCACGGUCUCCAUCAACGUCCUGCUCGCCCAGACUGUCUUCUUGUUCCUCAUAGCCCAGAAAAUCCCAGAGACGUCUCUGAGCGUGCCGCUCCUGGGCAGGUUCCUUAUUUUCGUCAUGGUGGUCGCCACGCUCAUUGUCAUGAAUUGCGUCAUCGUGCUCAACGUGUCCCUGCGGACGCCCACCACCCACGCCGUGUCCCUGCGGCUGCGCCACGUUCUUCUGGAGCUACUGCCGCGCCUCCUGGGCUCCCCGACGCCCCCCGAGGCCUCCCGGGCCGCCUCGCCCCCAAGGCGGGCGUCGUCGGUGGGCUUACUGCUCCGCGCGGAGGAGCUGAUACUGAAAAAGCCACGGAGCGAGCUCGUGUUUGAGGGGCAGAGGCACCGGCACGGGGCCUGGACGGCUGCCUUCUGCCAGAGCCUGGGUGCCGCCGCCCCCGAGGUCCGCUGCUGUGUGGAUGCCGUGAACUUCGUGGCCGAGAGCACGAGAGAUCAGGAGGCCACCGGCGAGGAAGUGUCCGACUGGGUGCGCAUGGGGAAUGCCCUUGACAACAUCUGCUUCUGGGCCGCUCUGGUGCUUUUCAGCGUGGGCUCCAGCCUCAUCUUCCUCGGGGCCUACUUCAACCGAGUGCCUGAUCUCCCGUACCCACCGUGUAUCCAGCCUUAGCGCGUACCGACUUCAAUUUCCCACCCAUCUCUAGUGGGAAAUUGAUUUUGAAAAAGUAGGCUGCCGCCACCACGGCAUUAUGAUCCCUUCCCACUGCUGAUCAAUCUGCAUUUUGUGAA